AUGGUUAAGGUCAUGGAUGAAAAUAUGAACAUUGACCAAGAAAUAUCCGCCGAAACAGUCGAUCUGAGUCAUACUCCUUUCCAAACUAUUCAAAUACUAGCACAACCGGAUCAAUACUAUCAUGCACGAUAUCGAUCCGAUAUUGCUGUUGAAAAACAACGAACGCUGAGAUAUAUUCGUUCAAAAGAUGGUACUUUUUGUUAUCCUACAAUCAAAAUUCCAUCAUCAUGGUGUAAUAUGAAUAAAAAAUUUUAUGUUCGUGUGUGUCUCGUCACUGUCUUGAAUAUCAAUAACGAUAUUCGUUAUAUCCAUCCAUACUCGUUAGAAGUACCACCUACAUUGAAUGGAGAAAUAAUUCAGAAUCUACAACAAAAUGCUCUCUAUUUUCCAGUCACAGAAGUAGAUGUGAUUGCUGAUGGAAUAAAACGAUUUAAUCAGUUAAUACUAGUCAAACAAUUGCAAAAUGAAUUGAAAACAUAUGGUCCAUUGCGUGCGUUUGAUAUAAAUGAUGGUUCUAGUACGAAUAAUGAACGACUUUUCCAUGGACCUAAAGAACUAAUCAGCUAUUAUGAAUUGUAUAAAUUACAGUUAGCGUUUACUAUUACAGAAAAACUGGAUAGUAAUUCAUCAUCACCGCCGUCAUUUCUAAUCCACAAAGAAACAACAACAUUUUCAAUAAUUAUGAUCGAAGAUACUGUACAAAGUAACAAAAGCAAUGAAAACAAGUUUAUUCAUGAUCUCUGUGAAUCUUUACAUGAUUUAAUAUCAGAUAAUGAUGCUACAUCAUUAUUUAAAUGUACACGAUUAUUGAUUCAUCGACACGAUAAAAAUUUGUUAGAAAAAGCUAUUAUAAAUGGCCAUUUAACAUUGGCGAAGCAGAUGAUUAAGGCCUUGAAGAUCGAUACGUUAAAACGGCAAAAUGAAUACGGUGAAAAUGUGUUGUUAUUAGCAGCAAAGUUGAAUUACAAAGAUUUAGUUGAAACAGUAUUAGAAAGACACGUGGAACUAGUGUAUGAUUCUGAUAAGAGGAAAAAUAAUGUAUUCCAUUUACUAGCAAUAAAAGACGACAAAUCGUGUGAGACAAUUGAAUUUAUUCUUAAAUAUCUGCAACAGAAAGCAAUUAACAUCAAACAGUUUGAUCAGGAAAACAUUGAUCACUUAACACCAUUGCAAUUAGCUAGUCUAAAUAAUAAUUCGAGUUGUGUCAACACAUUUGUUUCACAUGGAUUCAAGUUCAACACAAAGAAUGGCUGA